CAUGACUAAGUAUUAAUCACGGGAAAUGAAGACUAAAAAACUGAUAAAUAAUUCCCUGUGAUUAGAAACAUACAACUAAAUACAUGAAAUUUUCCCGUGGUUAUUAAUGUACUUUCUAAUACAGGAAAAAUUACCGUGAAUAAGAUACCGUGUUUAGAAACCUGUUUUCCUGUAGUGCAAUAUGAACUAUUAUGAGUCAUGUAUUCUUGUUAUGAUCAGACUUUUGUGAACUAUUAUUAGUCUUUUGUAUGACAGGACCAUGAUAUUUGAAUUUUAAAUCUUAUAAUUAUCAUAAUAUGCUAAAUUAAUAUUUUAUAAUGUUAUGUGCACUAUUAGGUUGAUGAUGUAUCUAAAUAAAUAUUUGAUGAUAUUAUAUGCGUUAAUAGGUUGAUGAUGUAUAUUAUUAUACUAAGUCAAUAAUUGAUGAUGUAAUGAUCAGACUUUAGUGAACUAGAAUUUCAAAUGUCAAUUUUUGGUUUAUCUUGAUCGAAUUCCUUCUAUUAUAGUCGGGCUGCGGGUUGGUCGGGUUACGGGUUCGGGUUAGUCGGGUUGCGGAUUGGUCGGGUUGCAGGUCGAUCGGGUUACGGGUCGAUCGGGUUGCGGGUUGGUCAGGUUGUGGGUCGAUCGGGUUGCGGGUCGGGCGGGUUACGGGUCAUUGACUUUUAGUCAAAUCGGGUUGCGGACGGGUUGCGGGUCGAGUUGAUCGGGCGGGUUACUCGGGCCGGGUUACAUUUUGACAGCUCUAGCUACCAUGUCUUUGAGGUCACUUGCAGCAUCUACUGGUGCAAAGUGCAAACAUGCAUGCAGCUGAUCAAGGGCGAUUUAGGUGGGAUGUUAUCGAUGUCCGGCGAUAGUGUGAUGAUGAAGCAAGUGCAUGCACCAGACGGCAAAGAAGUCUACUUGGCCCCACCUCUCCACAUAGUUGAAGACAUCCUUAAUCGUGCCAGUGCCACCCUCCAAGUUGAAUGACGAUUGCUGGUAUGGUGUACCAUAAGUUAAAGAGCUUCUCAAGAAAACAAAUGCAGUUUGAACGAGUGUUUCUUCCUUUCGUCUUCUAAUCAGUUUUGUGUUUGUUUUGAGUCGGAAAAAGGCUAACCAAGCACAUGCAGAAUUGGAGGAGAUCGAAGAACCACCAGAUCAGCUACCGGCCCAUAGAGCUUGAUUUUCUGUCCUAUACCAUUGACAGAAUUUCUUGUGAGAUUAGUUAAGAGGAAAAUAUAUCAAAAUAGGGUUAUGAAUGGUAUUUGCAGUUCGUUUUAACAAACAACACGCGUACAUAUACUGCGACUUUUGAUAAAUAAGUCCAUGUACGUAGUAUAUAUGUCACUUUCAUCCAAAUUCAAUACUUGUUGGCUGGACUCAGACUUAGUAAGUCAUGUCGUAGACGAAUCAACGCUAUGUAUGGUUGGGAAUCUUUGUUUCCAGAUAGCCUACAAGGCACUUGGAGGAUCGGAGCAGAUGCACACGGCACAACCAUGACAAUACUCGAGACACUCACCAGCUUCAAAUGGGAUGCUAAGCCCCUUAGCAGCAUUUGCACUCCAUUCCGUCCCAUUGAAGCCUCGAUUCGAUCCCUUUCACAAGAUCAUCGAUCAAGGCCAUCCUGGAGGUCGCUUGGAGUUAGGGGUGGCCAUACAGUCCGGUUCGGUUAAAUUGGCCCAGAUUGAUCCGGUCCAGUCUUGUCUUUUUGAAAAUAUAAGAACCAAAGAUUGGAUUGGAUACAGUCCAGUCUUGAUCCGGUCCGGUCCCAAUUCGGUCUUGAUUUUAUAUUGAGCUUGUGAGGAUUUGAGUGGCCUAAGGCUUGAAAGAGUGAGGAGUUGGUUAAGUUUUGUACUAAGUGCAAAGGUUUGUGACCGUUUAUGCAAAUUACCCUUAAGUUUUUGGUGUUGAGCUCUCUCUUAUCCGGUCUUUAUCCAGUUUUUGAUCCGGUCCCCGAACGAUUUUUUACCUCAAAUCUAAGCCCAAAGAUUGGGUCGGAUUGGAUUGUUUACUAUCCGGUCCCGGUCCGAUCUCGAUCCGGGUUAUACGGUCCGGUUUCGAAUAAAACCAAAAAAACCCGGAUCAAAUAGCCAGCCCUACUUGGAGUGUGGUUAAGCUCAACGAGCUUAGCACCUUCAUAGUUCAUACAUGUUCCCGCUGCUGUCUACUAUAACCAUGACACCCAUUGUGGCUUGCGCGACAAGAGAAUGGGCCAAGCCCAGGGGUUGCUUUGCAGCCGUUUCUAUAACCGCUUCCGGGCUUUGGUUUGAAACUUUUGACGGCAAAACAGUCCAGCAGCUUCUUUUAUAACCCCUGGCCUGCUCAAUUUCUUUCCAACUACAUUUUUUCCAAGUACGAUUUUUUCCCUUCCAAAUACGUUUUUUAUUCAAACGAAACAUUAUCGGGAGCUUUUAAAAAAAAAAUUGAACGAGGAAGAGCUCUCCUCUUGGCCUGAGAUUUCUCCUUCAGUGGUACGUCUUCCUCGUCGAUCGUGAACUCCGGCGGUCAUACGUCUUCCCCGUCGUUCUCGAACUUCAGAGGUCGUACGUCUUCUCCAUCGACCGUGAAGCUUUUGCUGCUGCUCCUAAUUUGACCUACAUUACCACGUUCUCUCGACCUUUUCCUGGUAAUCUCUCUAACCUAAUUUCGAGUCUUAUUCAGUUAUUAAUAUUCCGAGAUUUGAUUAUGCGUGUGGAUUGAUCGAACUGCAGAUUCUGAAUUAGGGUGAAGUGGCUAACAGUGAGAUUCGAAUUUCGUUCUCCUUUCCUUCAAUCGAUGCACUUCGCGAAUCGCCGACGAUCCAUCCCGAAAUCAACAGCAGCCGGCCGUCUGGGAUUUUGUCAAUUUGCACGUGAGUCCAUCCCUCUUCCUCUUUUAUUAAUUCUCUGCUCUCACAAUAAUAGAUAGGUUCAAUGCAUGGAAGCCUAUGCUGUUCUUCUUUUCCAUCCACAUAAUCGAACUCUAUCUUCAUAGUUGGGUGCAACAAAAUAUACUAUUAAGAAUGAUAACAAUGCUUCCUCUAUGCAGCAAGAGUGACCAUGAUCACAAUGCUCCCAAGAAUAAAGAAUGAUGCUGACAAUGCUUCCUCUAUGCAGCAAGAUUGCUUAAUAUACUAUUAAGUAGUUGUUGAGAUGCACUUGGCUGUAACUUCUAUCCAAUGAAGAUUUAGCAGCCAGAUGAUCCAUUUACCAACUUUUAUCCCAUUAUCAUAUUGAAAAAAUCAUAACAAGCAUGUAGAGUUUACUAUAUCCGUGUCAUUCUUGGCUGCCAGCACAUGUCCCUUCAAUACCAAUUUGUAUAAUUCUUAGCUGGUCAUGUACCUAGAUAUUCUAUUGUCCUCGUUUUUUUAGCUUGAGUGUUGAUUGUUUGCAUGUGGCUGAUCAUUAUUGUCCUUUAAAAAUUAAGUUCAUAGAUUCAUUGGCAGUAUUGCUCGGAAAUCUGUUCAUAUAAUAUACUGUUUGAGUUUGUAUAAUGUGUAGAGAUUGUUUGGUGGGUUAGCAUUGAUGUUAGUGGAUUGUUUCAUCUAUGUUGGGGUUCUCCUUAAGAUGAUAUCAUAAUUGAGGUUCUAGGUUUUCCUGUUAUGCUAUUAGACAAACAAGUUUGGCAACUUGAUAUCAUAAGUUCAGAAAUGAUUAUAAGACAAAAUAUCCUAUCGUAUGUUCAGCUACUUAGCAUUGACGAAUUCCUUUUUUUACCUUUCUGAACAUUGUAGGCUAAAAGAGGGAUUUUACAGUCAAUAUUUGUUUGGUUCUUCCUCGCAAUAAUCAUCUCCUUCAAGGUACACUUCUUCUAAUUUCAGGGUUUCCUUUGAAUUUGUUGGCUGUUGUUAUGUGUUAUUCUUACUGUCUGUUGCUGCUGAGUGUAUAGUAACGUGAGCACUGAUUUUCCUACUAAAAGACUUCCAUUCACUCUCUCGGUUUGAGAAUACAAGCUGAAAACAGUAUAAAAAACUCCUGAAAACAUUUAAUUUUGCAGCACCCUAACCUUCACUUCUUCUCCUCCCUCUUCUGUAAACUUAGAAAACUAAUCUUCUAAGUUUGUUCUUUUUAAACUCUUACAAUUGUUGAAUACUUAUUCUGUGCAUGAAUUAGAAUAUAUGUACAGCUUAACCCAGCAAAUGUAAUCUUACAAUCUGAUAUGGUUUAUACUUGAUAACUAAUUUUGUGUAGGAAAAGGCGCAUACUCUUCGACAUGAAGGGUCUACUAAUAAUGACCAAAUCUUUCAGAAGCUACAUGGUCCAGAGCAUUUGGAGAGGGUUCGUUGUGCUGCCUUGGGAACAAUCCCAUCGACCUAUUUUGUGCCUUCUUCUUCCUCAGCUUCAACAAAUUCUACCACGACAUCAUGCUCUGCUGAGGUAGUCACUCUAGGUAUUGAAGUGGUUGAACCGAGAAGUGAAGUGGUUGAACCGAGAAGUGAAGUGGUGGAACUGAAAAGUGAGUUGGUAGAACUGAAAAGUGAAGUUGACGUUCACGUGUAUUUUUGUGCAUUACAAUUUAUAGAUUAAUCUCAUGGUUCAUUCUUUCUAUGUGGCCUUAGAACUUAUGCAGGUGCCAACUAUUGAAUACGAAAGCAUAAAUAAGUUGCAUGGCACCAAGGUACCAAUGGAGACUUAUAUUCUUUUUUCUUGUCUGUUGCAUCUCCAUUUCAAUUUCCAUGAAGAAGUUUUAGAACACAUGGAAAUAUCUCAUUUCUUUCAUACUUUGCAGCAGAUUUCCAGAUUAUCUCAAGUAGACCCAGGAAGCCAUUUCAGAAUAGACAAACAACCCUUUCGGUCAAUCAGUGUUGUUGUGCACGUGCGAAAUGUGUGGAGACAAGUAAGCUAUUUCACAAGAUGGUGAAACCAUUACUAAGUACAUGGAUCGAAUGCGUGCUUUUAAGAGAGCUUUCAUUCCUAGUAAGAAGCAUUCCCUAGGCUAUAUAUGAUCCGAAUCCACUCCUAUCCUGUCAUCUACAAUAUUUUUUAUAUGUGUUUAUCAUUGGACAGCAGUGGCACAGAGUGGGGAAGCUGUGAUUAGGAGACUGCUCUGAUGAGACAUAUCCAGUGACGUACAUCUACAUCAAUACUUAUUGGAACUCUCAGCCUCAGGUAUAAUCUUCUUACUGCAUCCCUUGGACAAUGAAUAAUGAAACUAAGUAAUAUUUCUUUCCCAUUCUCUUUCAAAUCUAUUGAAUAGUGGUGCUUGGAGAUGGUGUUUGAGUGACCAUAUGGUGGUUGAGCAAAGGCAACGAGCGGAGAUACAAGGAGCCCGAGUGAUUAAUUUAUGUGAUUGAUUGAUUGUUUUCCUUCCUUUGGAUCUUUUCAUGCUUCUCUUUCAUUAUGCGCAGUGUUCUCUGGUUAUGAUACUGUUCUGCUUUCCAUGGUGCAGGAACCUUUGAGAUCAAUGGGGAAUCAGGUAAUUUCAGGUUGCUAAACUAGCACUAUCAUGAUUUAUUUUAACUUUGGAUUUUUGGGCUUUGCCUAUGGCUGCUGGUUUGAUUUAGGAAUUUUACUGGUGUAGGUGGUAUUAUUGAUUCACAAUACCAUAACAAACAGGGGAAUGCAGGACAAGCACCAAUAAAACUGAAAACUGAGAGAAAACCGUCAAGGGGGAACCAACAACAUUAAGAUGAAUUUUAUACAUGUGCAUGUUUUCACUUAAUCAUUUGAAGUUUCAUCAUUACAUUAAUUGCAGGUUUGUUCUCAUUGAAUCGUGAAGUUAUCCAUUCUGUUCUUCAAGAGCUGAAACAUGUAGUCAUUGAUUCAUAUAUGAUUCCAUUUUGUUGCCUUGAAUUCAGCUAGUAGCAGUGAUGGGAAUUUUAUUUGUUUCGUUGGCUUUUAACAGGUUAAGAUGGAAUGCAAUACAUGAUGUGGGUGAUUCAGAAGACAACGAAGUUUUGACUGCAAAUUGUUUGUUCUUAGUUUGAACCGAACAAAGUUUUGACUGCAAAUUGUUGGUUUUUACUUUUUAGUUUGAACCACGUACUACUUUGUUAAUUUCCUACCUAGUAAUGUGUUAUGUCGACUGCUGAAAUUCUGUGGUAUAUUUAUAAUGGUUGAUGUCACUUUUGAAGGGUUGUGCAUUGAAACAUGGCAUACUAAAAUUUUCCAGCAAAUUUAUUAUCAAGCAAAUUAAAUAAAACGCUGGAGUAAUCAAUAGAAGGGGAUUUGAAACCGUUAAAACGGCUGCAAAUUUUGAUUUGACGGUCGGCAAUUAUAGCAACUACAGCCAUUAGAACCGCCGCAAGAACUGCCGCAAGGGCAUUCACCAGCAGUUGAGUUAACCACUGUCAUAAAUUUGAGGCGGUCGGUUUUGCAUCGGUCCCCAGCGGUCAAUAAACCCCUGCCGGGAAAAUUGUCAGCGGUUUGUAUGGUCGCUAAAACUAUAAAAAAACCCUGCUGUUGGUUUUUUUUUUUUUUUUCUGUGUGUGGUGAGAUUACUCUGCUCACCACCAUGGGACAUGAGUAUGGCUUUCUUUUUUGCAGAACUUGGCAUCAUAAAUAUUUUUUGUUUCAUAAUUAAAUAUGGCAAAUACCAAUCCAUCUCAUUCCUGAACCCACAAAACUUGCCUGUUUGGCACCUCAAUUCAGAAGUCAUUGGUAAGUUUUGAUGAGUCUCGCUUUGAAGUAGGGAUGGCAAUGGGGCGGGUUGGGGCGGGUUUUGUCAAACCCAAAUCCAUGGGUUUAUCCGUCAAAAAAAUCCGGGGUAAAACCUGUUAGGUUUGAAAAACUCAAACCCAACCCAACCCGUUGGGUAUCCGCGGGUUCAUGCGUACCCGUGGGUUUUUGUGGUAAAAAUUUACAAUAACAAGUUUCUUUCAAAAUAAAAUUUUAACAUCAAU